UCGGCGGCGGCAGCAGGAGCAGGAGCAGGAGCAUGAGCAUGAGCAUGACGACGCUCCGCGCCUUCACCUGCGACGACCUCUUCCGCUUCAACAACAUCAACCUGGACCCGCUGACGGAGACUUACGGGAUACCCUUCUACCUGCAGUACCUGGCCCACUGGCCCGAGUAUUUCGUUGUCGCCGAGGCGCCCGGCGGGGAGCUGAUGGGUUACAUAAUGGGUAAAGCAGAAGGCUCUGUGGCUAGGGAAGAAUGGCAUGGACAUGUUACUGCUCUUUCUGUUGCGCCAGAAUUUCGGCGGCUGGGUUUGGCUGCUAAAUUGAUGGAGCUACUGGAAGAAAUUUCAGAAAAAAAGGGUGGAUUUUUCGUUGACCUCUUUGUGAGAGUAUCAAACCAGGUUGCAGUAAAUAUGUAUAAGCAACUAGGCUACAGUGUGUACCGGACAGUAUUAGAGUACUACUCUGCUAGCAGUGGUGAGCCAGAUGAAGAUGCUUAUGAUAUGAGAAAAGCUCUUUCCAGAGAUACGGAGAAGAAAUCAAUUAUACCUCUGCCUCAUCCUGUGAGACCAGAAGACAUUGAGUAACUUGUCCUGCGCCCUGCUCCUCAUUUCUGGCGGCCUCCACCUCUGCCCAGCAGCCCAUCGCUCCAGGAGCCAGCCGACUGACCAUCCUUUCCCUGCCGAACCCACGAGUGUGGCUCUGGGAACAACUGCUGAGGUGUCUUAGGGGGAGUGUUGGGGGCCCUGAGCCCUAGAGCAGACUCGCUCCCGGGACUUGUGUGUGACUGAAUAAACACUUGCCAUCUC